CCAAAAAUACAGCAAUCAAAAAAAAUCUCAAUAGCUUUUAACCUUUUUUCCAUUAAGGCAUAUUUAUAACACAUUUCUAUUUUACACUACCUACUCAGGAAUCAGGAAACAUUUAUUUGCCAAAAUAUGCCAAACAUACAAGGAAUUUGUAUUAAACUAGCUCUCCAUACAUCUUCAAAGCUCCACUGUUGGCCUCACUGAGGCUCCUUUUUGUUUCACCCAUUUGCCGUGAGUUGUUUUUUGUUGCGAACAUUUGAACUAAAGUAUCGAGUGCGGAGGCGGCGGGGCGCGAUGCGGCCGUGAGGGCGGCGCGGCGUCAAGUGCAAUCUACAGGCCGACCCCGGGCUCCAGGUGCAGUCUCGUCACCGGCCGAGCCAACACGACACCGGCGGAGACGAUGGACGCCACGCAGAGCCAGGUGCUGAACCACGAGCGGGUGCAGGCGCUGGAAACCUGGCUGAGAACGACCAAUGCAAAGCUGACUCAAGUCAACGGCCAGAGGAAGUACGGAGGACCACCCCAGGUGUGGGAUGGUCCCGCCCCAGGAGCCCACUGUGAGGUCUUUAUCAGCCAGAUCCCUCGGGACACCUAUGAGGAUCUGCUGAUCCCCCUGUUCAGCUCUGUGGGGCCCCUCUGGGAGUUCCGGCUCAUGAUGAACUUUAGCGGGCAGAAUCGAGGCUUUGCCUACUGCAAAUAUGGCUCUCCGGAUGUCGCUAACGAAGCCAUCCGCCUGCUGCACGGUUACACGAUAGAGCCCACCUUCCGCCUCAACGUCCGUCGCAGUACGGAGAAGAGACACCUCUGUAUCGGAGACCUGCCAGCCACCACCAAGCAGGAGGCCCUACUGAAGGUGCUGCACGUACUGGCCGAUGGGGUGGAGAGGGUGUCCCUGAAGGCCGGGCCGGGUAUAGAUGGGGUGUCUGCGAUGGUGGCCUUCUCAUCCCACCACGCUGCCUCUAUGGCCAAGAAGAUGCUCGUGGAAGCAUUCAAGAAGCAGUUUUCCCUGAAAGUCUCCAUCACGUGGCAGUCCACCGUAAGGCCGACCUCAGUUGAGCAGCCAUCUUAGCACAAACGCCCCCCCAGCCUGCUGCCGCCCCCCCAGAAGCCACCGCGCCUCACCCCGAGCGCCCUGCCUCCUCGCAUGGCCCGCCCUCCGUCCUUCCCUCAGGGCUUCUGCAGGGCUGUGGGAGGCCCCGCGGUACCCCAGCACUCUGCCCGUCCCAGCUCCUCCCCCUCUCCGUCCCAGGGGCGCCCGGUGUCGCCCCCGCCAUCCCCUGUGACCUUCCUGCAUGAGCUGUGCAAGGCAACCGCCGUGGGCCAGCCGCUUUAUAAGACGUACUUCAGCCACGCCGGGCCCGAUGGAUUCCUCUUCUUCAACUACAAGGUACACUUCACCGGGGCGCCCGCCACCUUCGAGGGGCUGGUCAUGAUCUUGCCGGGACCCUCGGCGACCAGCACACUGGAAGAAGCUCAGCGGGCUGCAGCCCAGCAGGUCCUCCAGAGGCUCUCCAAUAAUCAGCUGGCCCCCUGAGGGUCCAAUCAGAGAGGAAACGCCUGCCUUUGUUCAGUCAAUGAUGUUCCAUCUAAAGAAAGAAGUUUAAUAUUAUGUAGUUGGUUGAUUUCUGCAUGCUUUUAUGUGUAAUAUUAGUAUCUUGUUUUUCUAUCUUUGUUGUUCGUUUUCUGCAUGUUUUUGAAUGUGUUACUGUUUCGUUCCUCAUUUUUAAUUAAAUGAGAUUUGAAGAAAAAUGAAAGUGGUGUUACUUUAUGAAUGUUUAAUUUUGUGGUUGCCUUGAUGUUUCCCUACCGUUCUGUAAAAUAGAUAUUUUUCUUUAAUAGUGA